UACAACCAUCUUCAUCCAUUAAAAUCACGAUCGUAGUAUUUAAUUAACAAAAAUAUAAAUAAAAUGUUCACAUUACCUUGUAUAGUCUUGAGUCUAAUUGUUCUGGAAGUCAAUAGUCAUGGCAUGAUGCUGAAUCCUCCGGGACGAAGUUCCUUAUGGCGUUUUGAUCAAGAUGCACCCAUAAACUACGGUGAUAAUCAACUGUUCUGUGGUGGUCUUUGGACACUUUGGGGUAUCAACAAAGGCAACUGCGGUGUCUGCGGCGAUGUUUACACUGAUCCACAUCCACAAGCAAACGAAAACACUGGCAUUUACGGUACCGGCACGAUAGUAGGCGAAUACAAGGCCGGAGAAGUUAUCGAAACUUCAGUUCUUCUCACUGCCAAUCACCGAGGUCACUUUGAAUAUCACAUUUGUGAAAUCACUGAUUCUAGUCAACCGGAAUCGGGAGAGGAAUGUUUCGUCGCACUACAGUUCGAAAAUGGUGACGACAAAUUCCAAAUAUCUUCGGAUAUGAAAGAAAUCACAAAUAGAAUUCAACUUCCGGCGGAUUUCACUUGUAAUCAUUGUGUACUGCGAUGGCACUAUAGAGCCGGAAAUAACUGGGGUGUUUGUGAGAAUGGUACCGGUGCAGUCGGAUGUGGACCUCAAGAGUAUUUCCGGUCUUGUGCUGAUAUUCGAAUUGUUUAAAUUUAAAUUGUAAAUGUUACUUAUUUUUAAAUAUAAUUUAUUGCGAAUGUUAUAAGAA